AUGGCUGUCAGUCCGAAUGGCGUUCAGCUGUCCAUCUGGAUGGCUGUGUUUACCUUCAUCACGAGUGUGGUGAUUGCCUUGCGUAUCUGGGCGAUUCGUUUGACCCGCAAGAGUCUCCAGCUGCAUGAUUACUUUGUAAUCGUCGCUCAUACAAGCGCUUGUGCCAUGGUAGGGUUGAACUACUGGGCGGUUGCCAAUGGGUUAGGCGGGCAUACCGCUACACUCUCGAAGAAGGAACUCGACGUCCAGUUUAAGUUGAUCGUCGGAGUGAGUAUGACAUGGUUGGUUGGAACUGUUUGUUGCAAGCUAUCGAUCCUAUCGUUAUAUACCAGUCUCUUCCGCACCUUUCGACCGAUUCGCAUUCUUGUCUGGGUGGUGAGUAGCCUGGUUGUUGGCUACUUCGUUACCUUCCUACCGCUCUUUCUCACUCAAUGCCAUCCUGUGUCAUAUCAAUGGCAUCCCGUCUCGGGUGGCGCUUGUCGAUCGUUGAGUAUUCAAGAGAUUGCGUCUAUCACACUCAAUAUCUUCCUCGACUCAACAAUCGCCCUCCUCCCAAUUCCAGCGAUAUGGAAAUUGCGAAUGUCCCUCCGCAAUAAACUUACCAUUGCUGUAAUGUUUGGAAUGGGCUUGAUUGUCGUUGCAGUCAUGAUAUGGCGCCUCGUUAUCACUCUCAAUCCUGAAACCGCCGCAGAUUUCGUCUACGGACUCUACAAGAUCGGCCUGGUUAGUUUCCUCGAGUUAUGGCUCAGCAUCAUCAUCGUCAGUCUGCCAGUCCUGGCACCUUUAUUCCGUCACUACGUUGAGCCCCUUCUGUCUCGUAAGCGACCUAGUAAUGGUCAACUCCGGGAAGCCCAGCAUACGAUCGGCAGUGAUCCGCCGAAGAAGCGGUUCGGGCCGAACUACCCAUACGCUGAUAUUGAGAUGGGACGGGGCAACUACUCGGCACAAGUGAAGACUGGGAUGAGCUCGUCGCAGAGUGAUGGAGACGAUACGGUUGGGCUGGUGAACGAUAUGCAGCCCAAUGCUAUCGCGAUGAGGAGGGAGGUUGUGGUUCAGGAGGGACGAGAACGCGAGGUUUCUUCCGAGACUCCGAGGGCUGAUGUAUAA